AUGCGGAUCCGCCACUGGGCGGAACCAGUUGUGUGCCGGGCCUCGGGCCCGCCCAGCGGCAGCCGGAAGUGCUUCAGACCCCGCGCUGUCCGCAGUGGCCGGCAGUCUCCAGGGUUCUUGGACGGUCGGAGCUAUGGCGUCCCGACAUGCGGCGGGCCGCUGUUUGCCUACUCCUCAUCAGGACCCUGCCGUUGGAGGGCGACGACCCCCAUCCCAGCUGGAAAUUCCACUUUGGCUUCUAACCUCUCCUCGCCUGAUGUUCCUGACGUCGUUCUGGACUUCUUUGAUUGGCCCUGUGUUGCCGUGGUACCUAAUAGCUCUGAAAUGGCGGGGGUCGGGGAGCUACCGCCCCAGGGUCCACCCCUCCAUCUCCAGGGACUGAGUUCUCCUCAGCCAGCAAAAACUAUGCAAAUGAAAGUGGUCCAGAAGGUUUUGGACAGGAUGCUGAUGGGAUAUGGUAUCCAUCUGACUCCACAUAUUGGAGAUCCUCCCGAGGGCAGAGAACUAGAUUCUGCUGCUGAUGUUAAAUCGGGAAAUGUUGUCCACCACCUUGUGAUGCCAAAGUCCGUAUCAUUCGACACUAAAGAAGAGAGUGAACAUCGGUAUGAAAAUGCUGAUGAAGAGGAAGAGGAUGGAAAUGAGAAACCAGAAGAAGGACCCAAGCUGGAUAUGGUCUCAGCAGAGGGCAGCUCUGGAGAAUACAGUUGGAAGGCAUAAAAAGAAGUGGACAGCGAAAGAAAAGAAGAAUUUGUUCUUCACGGAUAUUCUAGUUUUCAUUAGCCCACAAUACAAAUGUUGUUUCAAAAUUCAACAUCCCAAAAUGAUAUUAACUGACAUCUGACUUUAUUCUUACCGUUGACAGAUAAAUUUGACAGUAUUGUUCACAUUGAAAAUAAAAGCUUGUUUGACAUGAAUAA